UACACAUUUAGUUUUAUUGUAGGAUGGGAAUAGCAUACGUUGUAGAUUUGUUUCAAUUAUUUGAAUUGUAAAUAGGUACGUUUACCGUAUACAGUUUGAUAAUUCAGUUUUAAGUCCCUACUUAACUAACUGAAAUUGUCAAAAGCACGAGCAAGUGUCACGAAUUGACAGUACUUUAUAUACAUACAGUCUUUAUUUGAUAUUAUUAUGCUUUAAAAGCUAAAUGACGUCCAAGCUGGAGCAAAUAUUGCGCAUCGAGCCCCAAAACGAAUUAAAAUUCGAAGGAAAGUACAAUGCACCCAUAACUUCGUUCAUAAACCUCAGCAACCCCUCGGACAAGAGGGUGAUGUUUAAAAUCAAGACAACGGCUCCAAAAAAGUAUUGUGUUCGUCCAAAUACAGGUAUUUUAGAGCCUAGUGAAAGAGUUUGUAUAUCCGUAUGUCUCCAACCUUUUAUGUAUAAUUUAAAUGAAAAAGGAAAACAUAAGUUUAUGGUUCAAAGUGCUUAUGCACCACCCGGUGAGGUGAAUAUGGAGCAGAUUUGGAAUGAAAUCAUCCCUGAACAUCUCAUGGAUUCCAAGUUGAAAUGCGUUUUCGAAAUUCAGCAUGAAGAAAAUGAUACCGUCAACGAUUUUAAUCCUGAAAAUGUGUCCACCCCUAUGCCAUCGACCGAACAUCAAAAUAAUGUCCAAGAAACAGCCGCUGAAGGAGAAAAUUAUUUCAAAUUGGAAAACCAAAAACUCAAUAAUCAAGUGAAGUUAAACAAAGAUGUGGGACCUACGAUGCCUUAUGCGAAUUGGUUUUAUUUUCUAUUAUCAGUCGUUACUGGGUUUAUUGGUGUCGUUUUUGGAAAGUACUAUCUUUGAGGAUUUUAAGACUGAAGCUAUAUUUUACGGAAUUGUCUAUAUUUAUUUUUCUACUGCUACUGUGUAAAUAAAGGUUUUUCAACCG